AUGGCCGGAAUCGGACCUUUAACUCAAGACUGGGAACCGGUGGUUAUACGAAAGAAAGCCCCAAGCGCCGCCGCCAAGAAGGAUGAGAAAGUUGUCAACGCCGCCCGUCGAGCCGGCGCCGAGAUCGAAUCCAUCAAAAAAUCAAAUGCUGGGACGAACAGGGCAGCAUCAAGUAGUACUUCUUUGAACACAAGGAAGCUCGAUGAUGAAACUGAAAAUCUUGCUCAUGAGAGAGUGCCAACUGAACUGAAGAAAGCCAUCAUGCAGGCUCGAAUGGAUAAGAAACUUACCCAGGCUCAACUUGCUCAGAUGAUCAAUGAGAAGCCCCAGAUCAUACAAGAGUAUGAAUCUGGAAAAGCCAUUCCGAAUCAACAGAUAAUUGGUAAACUGGAGAGGGCUCUUGGUACAAAGCUGCGAGGGAAGAAGUGAGGGGGUUCAUGUAGAAACAUCAAACAGAAGUCAAAUAUCGUCCAGUUUCUUGAGUCCUAAGUCUUGUUGGUGUAAAUGAAUGUUUUCUACUAUUGUUAUGGGUUACUUGUAAGAACAGUAUCUUUGACUUUGUGUGAUGACUAUGACCAUGGAAUGGUGUGUGUUCUUUAACUGUUACGUUUGGAAUCUGGUUGUCAAGUAAAAUAAAGUUAGAUGAAAUAAAAUCUUUUCUUGAUUAUUGGUA